CUUAUUUCAGCUCUGAAUGUUAGAAUUGUUCUCCUAAUAGAAGACGAAGACCUGCUUGACUACAUAUCGAGUCAGAUUAUGAGACAAACAGCCAGCGCAAUGCGGUGAGCGAUAAAAAGGGGUUUGUGGCUCUUAUCAAUUGGUGGUGAUCUGGCUGUCUCACAUCUCGAGGCCCAUUCAACAAGCUUCACUGAACAAGUUCCAGGAAGCCGACUCCACAACAUCCCAAUCGCAAAAUGGCGAGCUCAAGCGGGCUCAUUAAGAAGCUCAAAAUCACAGAGCCGCUCAGCACAUUUCCCUUCUCAAUCUUGGACCAUGCCGACACCCUCGAGCAGCUAGACGUCUCGGGAACCGGCCUUUCCAGCUUGCCACGGGAAAUCAGCAGGUUGAAGAAACUCAAGAUUGCAUUUUUCUCCUACUGCAACUUUACUGUGUUCCCAAAAGAGUUGGCAUCAUGUCCUGCGCUGGAGAUGGUGGCCUUCCGGGAUAAUGGCAUGGAGGAUAUCCCCGAGGAUGUUCUUCCGCCCCGACUACGCUGGUUGAUACUCACCAACAACGCGCUCACCAAGUUGCCAAAGAGCAUUGGCAAGUGCUCGCGGUUGCAAAAAUGCAUGCUCUCAGAAAACCAGCUUCACGACCUGCCCGAGGAAAUGAUGGCAUGCCAGAAGUUGGGUCUACUUCGACUGUCAGCUAAUCGUAUCGAGACCUUGCCAAGCUGGCUCUUUCAGAUGCCCGAACUCUCGUUUCUUUCCUUCGCUGACAACCCCUGCUCUACGGCAUCUGGUACAUCGUCCAUCCCCUCUCCCAGCCUUGCACAAGUAUCCUGGUCGGAUCUCGAAGUCCAAGAGUUAUUGGGAGAGGGCGCCUCGGGUAUCAUCUCCAAGGGCAUAUGGAAAGUCAAUGGACAGAAGCAUGAUGUGGCUGUGAAACUAUUUAAAGGCGAUAUCACCAGUGAUGGCACACCAGUGGACGAGAUGCGGGCGUGCAUCGUGGCCGGAGCCCAUGACAAUCUCAUCGAUCCUCUAGGCAAAGUUCACGAUCAUCCAAACAAGAAAGGGCUCGUCAUGCAGCUCAUUCCCCCAAACUACUCUACUCUGGGCCUUCCACCGUCACUGCAAACCUGCACCCGGGAUUGCUUCUUGCCUUCCAUGGGACUAAGUACGUAUCAAGGGCUGGGGAUUUUGAUGAGCAUCGCGGCCGCUGCUGUCCACUUGCACGAGAAGGGGGUUUCUCACGGCGAUCUGUAUGCCCACAACAUCCUGUACAACGAGGAUGGCCAUGCCUUACUAGGCGAUUUUGGAGCUGCAUCCAUCUACGCGGGCACGGCUUAUCCAGUGGAGCGACUCGAGGUACUCGGCUUCGCGCACCUACUUGAAGAUGUAUGGGGCUUAAUCAAGCCGGGUUUCAAUGGAACGGAAUUGAGGGCCCACAUGCAACUCGAGGCACUGCAUAAAAGAUGCGCAUCUACCAACGUCAUUAAACGUCCGGGUUUCCAUGAUAUUCUCGCAGAGUUGAGUGGUUUGCAUACUUUGCUGAGUAGCUCGCAUAUCCACAGGAUUAGAAACAGGCGGCCGAGUCUCGUCGAAGUGCGAGCCUAAAGGGGACUGACUAAGUGGUUUUUGGUAUGUUGUCACAGGAUUGGCUUAGAGGUAUAGAAAAGGGAAUGAUCUGGGUAUUGGCAACUAGAUCGAACCAAGUAUCAAUAGAUGUGGCGUCUUUAGCAGAACGAGAGGCACCUGAAGGGCGUUCAAUAGUCGCCGGGUUGUUAUACUAACAUAGACAUAUUAGUGGACGAAUCAAGAGAAAAGAGAGCGAAAGUACGGGGCAAGAUCGCAAGUAGCUUUCAGCCGGCAGUGAAUUAGACUGAAUUGAUCAUCUGCACAUCCACAUUCAACUGUGUGGCAUUCGCAGCCUCGAUACGGG